GACACUUAACUGAUAAUAUGGUCCGGCCCAAUUAUUAUGGGAUCCGCCCUGCCCCUGCUGGCUCAUAAUUUUGAUUAGAAAUACUGCAAAACUCAAAAUCAAAGAGCAAAAUUCUCAGUAAAAAUGGCGCUUUUGGGCGAGGACGGGCGGGGCUAUGAGCUGGCAAGGAAGCUGGAGAGCCAGGGCGUCUGGCGGUCGUGGCUCGGCGACGCCCUCUACUCCUCCUUCAUUCCGUUCCUCUCGUCGCCGGCCGCCUGGGACGCCUUUAUGCGCCCCGACGACUCCAAGUCUAAGCCGCAGAUCUCGCUCCAGCUCCGAGCGCGCGCUCUUCUCUUCGACAAAGCCUCCGUCUCUCUCUUCGCGCAGCCUACCGCUCUCUCCAAGCUCAAUCCUAAUUAUUUGGAGCUGCACGGUGAUGAUGUGUAUUUUACGUUGGAAAAUGGUGCUCAAGAUGUGGACCAACGCCAGCCAGGCGGGGCUGCUUCAAGUACUACAUCAUCAAAGGGGCACUCAAAAGCAUCUAUUGGUGUUGGGUCAAGAUUUAGUGAACCAGAAGUUGAUGCUGUAUCCCAAAGACUUAAGCUGGAAGAACUACCGGAAACUUGGUACACUCAGUUCUUUGAGAAAUAUAGGGCAAGUAAAUCUUAUAGGCUGAUGUUUGGAGAUAGAGAAUCUGAAAAACGGACACCUGAACAGAUGUCUACUUAUCUUAGAUUGAUUGAGAAUCACAAAAGAAGGAGAGUAGCCUUCGUGGACAAUAUUUCAAACUUGCGAACAAAUCCAUUAAUGGUUGAUGGUAGUGCGGCUGAUGAUGCACCCUUUUUUCCUGAAACAAUGUAUAUUUUAAAUUGUGUUCCUGAUAGUGCAGUCCUUAAAACGAGGAAAUUCGAGAAUUAUCAGAAAGUGCCAUUCAAUGGGGUUUUAGACAGCUUACCUCAGACCAUGACCAAGAGCCCAGUGAUGAGCCCUAUUAUGAUCGAGAGACUUGGUAUCCGACCUGAGUAUCUCAGCAUGGAACAAGGACAAUUUCGGGGAAAGAAUAGUUCUCAAGGGAGUAGGAAGCUUCUUAGUCAAGAACAAGCAUCACAAAUGUCACAGAAAGUGGUAGUGCGGUUGCUACACAAUGUGGGGUUUGAAUCUUCUUCAAACACCUCCUUAGAAGUUAUGGGGCAGCUUUUGAGUAGACAUAUCAAUAAAUUAGGGUGCACCUUGAAGCUCCUAUCGGAUAGUUAUAGGAAGCAGUGUUCAGCCACUGAAUUACUAAAGAUGUUCCUUCAAACUGCAGGAUAUAGUAACCUGGGGGGCCUUGUGGAACUCAUGAAGGAUAACUCGAAGAAUGUUACUCCACAAACUCAGCAGCAAGUGCUGAGCAUCCAGGGACAGAUGCAACCGCAGCAGCAGCAGCAGCCUUCCUCUCAGCAGUCACAGCAGAUGCUAAGGCAAAUGAGUCCCCAGAUGCAGCAGAUGAAUAAUCCCCAAUAUCUGGCAUUCCAGCAGCAGCAGCAGCAGCAGCAGUGGGAAAGGAUGAGGAGACGGCAACAACAACAGUCAACACCGCGUCCUGGCAUGAACAUGGCUAUGAAUACAAAUAUGAACAUGAGUAUCGACAAGGACAGACCUCUAGUGCAAGUGAAGAUGGAGGCUCCAUCUGAUUUUCCACUGGAUACGAAUACCUUCACGGCAAUGAAUCCCAGACACCCCCAGCUGCGGCAGCAACAACUAGCUGCAAUAUCUUCUUUUCACGCUCAAGCCAACAACAACGCCUUUAGGCCUAUGACUUCUCUCCAAAUCCCACAAAUACAUUCACCGACCAUGUCAAUGGCAAGGGCUCCACCUGUAAAAGUUGAAGGUUUCCAGGAGCUGAUGGGCGGGGAUUCUUCCAUGAAGCAUGAUUCAGAGGAAAAUAAGCUACUUUCUCCUCAAAAGUAGUUUUGAGGUAAAUGCUCAUCUUUUUGAGAAUGUGAAUUAGAUAAAUACUCCUAUCUGAACCAAGUAGAAUACUCCUCUUUUUUUUUUUUGUAUAUCAUCUAAUUUAUUUAGCUUUGUUUUUGUAGCACUACUAAUGUAACAUAGAAAUUAUAUAAAGAAUCUAAUAUUUAGCAUGGCCAUUCUCAGUU